AUGAUCGCUCAGCAACGACCGACGCAGCCAAUGUCUGGGACCUCUUUCUUUUCGCAGAUCUCGUCCUUCUUCGGGGGCAACUCCACCCCGGCCUCGAGAUCCACGCCCCCACGCCGCGCCACUGCCUUCGGUUCCGGAUUUGGCUCUUCGUCGCGUCGCGGUCCUCCGCAGGCGCUCGACGCAAACGCCUGGUCGCUUCCCUACAGCACCAGCAACUCCAUCCCUGCCUCCCCAGCCUAUCACAACAACGGCGGUGUCACUUCGCCCGUCGACAGCCAGUAUCCGCCUGCAUCGGGCAUCGCACGGGCUUCAUCGCCCUACGGCCAUGAGCAUGUCUCGGCUACUUCCACCAGCUCGGUUGCAGAGUUCAGCAACAUGUAUCCUACUGCAUCCACCUCGACACUCGUUCCCGGGUCCGCAGGCCGCUCGGUCAGCGUCUCUGCUGGCGGAUCCGUCCCUACCACCGCAUAUCCCCCGCUGCGUCACACGUGGAACCGCGUGCGCAGGUGGUCUCGCAAAAACUACCCCGAGAUUUCCGAUACGCUCAACUGGCCCUGCACCGAAGAGGCACUCGACGAGCUCGAAAUGACCAUCGGCUACGCUCUGCCUACCUGUGUGCGCGAGUCGUACCUCAUCUACGACGGCCAGGAGCUCGAAUCCAACCAGUCUUGCCAAGAUGGUCUUUUCUUCGGCGCAGCGCUGCUCAGCAUCGAACAGAUCGCCGAAGAGUGGAAGUUUUGGCGCGCCGUCGAUGAGGAUCCCGACACUGCCGCCAACCCGCAGGUGCGCAACCUCAUGGCCAGUUGCCCGCACAAGUGGAUCCGCCCAGAGUACUCUUGCCGAGGCUGGAUCCCGCUCAUCACAGACCACGCAGGCAACUACAUUGGCGUCGACCUCAGCCCUCACCCAGCGGGUGGAGGAGCGCCGGGACAAGUCAUCAUCUUUGGCAGGGACUUUGACACCAAGGUCGUGUGCUGGAAGGGCGAAGGCGCUGGAGGCUGGGGCCGCUUCCUGCAGAUGUUUGCCGAUGAGCUCGAAGCUGGCGAGUUCUGGACGCUCGAGGAGCCCAGUAUGGGCAGCGACGAUGAAGAGGAUGCGAUUGGUUAUGAAAGCUACUUCAGUGGAGGAGGAGCUGGCGCCGGCCAAGGUGGUGGCGACCGUGGUGGCGAAGGUGCUGCCGGGUUUCGUCUGGCUGGCGAGUACAAGGGAUGGCCUGUGUUGGAAGCGUGGGCGGAUCGAUCGGUACGCCUAUGGGAAUCGGUGGGCUUGGCCCCUGGCAAGCCUCUGGGCAACCCGCACCCACAACGGCAACCUCAGCCGCAAUCGGUGGUCGACCGACAGUCGCAACAUCUCUCGAUGCUCGGAGGCGAGACGGGCAUGACACCGACGCUGCAAGCCGUCGAUGAGAAUGGCGAGGCGAUCGAUGCAGAGGCCAGUGCAUCCUCCAGCCGUACCCCACUUGUGGUAGGUAGGGAGGUCGAGGGCGAAGUUUCGGUCGACGGACCAGCCCAUCCCCUCUCCGAAUCCUCGAUCGCUGCAGACUCGAGCGUCGAGGUACUCAUCGCCGCAGCAGACGUACCAGCUGAAGUCGCAAAUGGCGCUGCCUCCUCCGAGACGCAAGCUGCAGGUGGUGCAGAUGCGAAUGAUAGCGUCGACGCCAAUUUGACGCCCACCAACAGCACACGCCGCGUAUCGGGGAUGCUCUCGCCACCACUGCCAGAAACCAAGGCGUCGUUGCGCAAGCAAAAGCAGCGCGAAGAAGGAUGGGGUUCGCCCAUGCUCGGAUCGUCAUCGCCUGUGGUGGGUCAGCAAGCUCCGCGUCGGCCCGUGCGACCGGCUCCGGCCCCUGCGCCAACGUUGGAUCUGCCUACGAUCGAAGACGUCAAGGCGAUCCAGGCCGCUAUGCUCGCCGACGAUGGCAAGUCGCACAGCGUGCAAUUCGAACAGGGCGGUCGCAGCUCUUUCAGCAACCUGGGCUUCCGCGACCUGGCCGGAAAGAUUGGGGUCAACGGCAACGGGCUCGCAAGCCCCAACAGCGGCGCGCAGCGAUCCGAGUCGGUCGAGCUGGAAACGAGGAGCAGCGUAGAACAGCGGAACGCAAACAAGAGCUACAUUGUGGGUCAGAGGGGCAGAGCGCGCGGCUUGGGGCUUGAAAAUGAGGACGUGGACGCAGCGGCAAACGUGUUGGGUGGCAUGUCGAUUGGUACGUCGCCGCUGACACGCGGGGCUGAGCAACCAAGCUUGAUUGAUGCCAACUCGGCACCUGGCUCGCCUAUUGUGCGAAGCCAUGCCAAGCUCGGAGACGCUGAAGUCUCGGCUGCCCUGGCGUGA